AUGGCUUCGUACAGCAUUUUCACUACUUCUAAAAUGACUCUUUCAUUCCAAAUAAUCUUUUUCUUUCUCAUAAUAACUCAUACAACUUCCCUAACUUUGAAUUUUUCCAGCUUCAAUCCGAAUUCCCGUUGUCUAAAUUACGAACGAAAUACUUCUGUCUCCCAAAAUGCCAUCUAUCUCACCACAGAUAAUUCUACCACUUGGGUUAUCGGUCGAGUCACAUAUUGUAAACCAUUUAAUUCUACCAACUUGGGUAUUACGGUUUGUCUAAAUUACGAACGAAAUACUUCUGUCUCCCAAAAUGCCAUCUAUCUCACCACAGAUAAUUCUACCACUUGGGUUAUCGGUCGAGUCACAUAUUGUAAACCAGUUUAUCUUUGGAACAAAACCUCAAGAAAUCUCACCGACUUCCACACAGCUUUUUCUUUUUCAAUAGAAUCCAAAGAUCUUACAACUAGUGGAGACGGAAUGACUUUCUUUCUUUCAUCGGAGAAUUUCACUCUCGGGGAUCAUUUUGCUGGCGGUGGUCUCGGCCUUGCUAUAGAAAAUCAGACCUCUAAAUAUCCAUUUCUUGCUGUAGAAUUUGAUACUUUUCGUAACAGUUGGGAUCCCUCAUCUCGUCAACAUGUAGGUAUUGAUAUUAAUUCUGUAAACUCUAAUAUUACUACAGAUUGGUCUUGGUCUAAAGGCAUGGAGGAUGGUCAAAAAGUUAAUGCUUCAAUUACAUAUGACUCUACCCUAAAAAGAUUAACUGUUAGUUUCACUGCAUUUAGUAAUAAUGAUGAGUUAAUUGAGCAAAAUCUUAUUUAUGAUGUUGAUUUAAGAGAUUACUUACCUGAAUGGGUUAACAUAGGGUUUUCAGCUGCUACAGGAUCGGCUUUCGAACAGCAUAAUCUUUAUUCAUGGUUUUUUACUUCAAAUUUGCAAGAGCCAAAGCAUAUACCAAAGCAUAUAGUACCAAAAGAUAAUACGUUACAAAUAACUGAUGUACCAAAAAAUAAUACAUCGACAAACAGGUCCAACUCUAACAAAGUUAUAGGACUUGCAAUAGGGCUAAGCAUUGGUUUAUGUGUUUUUGUUGGUGUAAUAAUAUCAAGUUUGUCAUAUUUUUGCUGCUGGAAAGAGAGUAAAGAGGAAGAGGGUAAUGAAUUUAUCCCUAAUUUAUCAAUUGAUGAUGAGUUUGGGAAGAACAACGGCCCGCGAAAGUUCUCUUACAAUGAUUUGGUUCGUGCAACCAAUAACUUCUCAGAGCAAGAAAAGCUUGGAGAAGGAGGGUUUGGAGCAGUUUACAGAGGAUAUUUGAAAGAAGUAGAUUUGUUUGUUGCAGUAAAGAGAAUAUCAAGAGAAUCCAAGCAAGGAAUAAGGGAAUAUGCAUCAGAAGUAAAGGUAAUUAGUCAAUUGAGGCAUAGAAAUUUAGUGCAACUUUUAGGUUGGUGCCAUGAAAGAGGAGAAUUAUUGCUUGUUUAUGAAUUCAUGCCUAAUGGAAGCUUGGAUUCCCAUCUUUUUAAAGAUUUAAAUUUUAUUAUUGCUAAAAAUUAAAAAACAAUAAAAAUUUCCUACAAAGUCCUCUCUCUUUCUCUCAAAAUCUAAGCCACUGGUGAGCUCUUAUGUCAGGGACUGCACCUUAGGCGAAAUCCCACAUCGGCUAAGCACAAGGUGGAAGUACUGUACAUAAGGAGUAGCAGGCCUUGAGUUCCC